AUGGGGUUAGUCUGUAUUGCAAUGAAGAUAGCAAAAUCCAUAAUCAUUAGAUUUUUACUAGGCAUGCUGGGCCAUAUAAAGUUCAUUGUUAUGGUGGCACUUACACGUCUAGGUCUGCUCAAACCGCCAGAACAAGCAGCUGAGACUGAAGAACAUUCCACUAGUUAUGUUCUUGUAAUGGAUGGUUUAACUCCAUCACUAAUCGCAGUCGACAGUCUAAUGGUGUUGAUCAAGAAGAGGGUUCCUGUGAUAGAAUAUAGUGGUUUUGUUGAAAGACAUAGAGCACUGAAUGAUGAUGAAGACGUGGAUAUGGAAAUGGAAUGUUCUGUCUGCUUGAAUUGCGUGGAGAGAAGCCAUGAGAUCAGAGAGCUUUGUAAUUGCUACCAUGUGUUUCACAAGGAGUGCCUGGAUAGAUGGGUGGAUGAAGGUCAGAUUGUCAGAAGACAUGAUGAAUAUGAUGUGUAA